GCAGCACAAGAAUAAAUUGGUAUUUGAUGGUGACUUUUUACAGCAACUGAGAACAAUGAGCUAUUUUUGUUUUUAAUUAAUUAAUUUCAGGCUUGUGCUGCGGAACCUUUGUCCGUAGUGUCAGCGGUAUCACUACGACAUAAUUCGUUGACGGACUGUACACAAUCCAACGUGUGUGAGCUGACCACUGUCUUAGAAUAAAUGUAGAUAUCAAUUGAUAACAUACCUUGUAUACCUUACUAACCCUACUAAAAAUAUUGAUGUUUAUGUAGGUAACGAAAUUGCUAGAUAUUAGCGCAUGAUGUAAACGGGCUUCUGAGAACUAGCUAACCUGCUGGUUACUGUAGGUGCAGAGGACAAACACCUCACAUGGUAUCUAAGUGAACACCCUCAUGCUGAUUGGAAAGGCCUGCAGAGUUGGUGGACGUGUCAGGUCUUGUGUAGUCAAAGCCUUAGCCCGUCUUUUUACCAGUUCCAGCAGCAUGGCAAAGAGCAAGUUUGAGUAUGUCCGCAACUUUGAAACAGAUGACACUUGUCUACGAAACUGCUACAUUGUUGUGAGACUGGAUGGGCGCAACUUCCACAAGUUUGCAGAGCAGCACAAGUUUACAAAGCCCAAUGAUAACAGGGCGUUGGGCCUGAUGACCCAGAGUGCACGCUCUGUCAUGGGAGAACUAGAGGAUAUUGUCAUUGCUUAUGGUCAAAGUGAUGAGUUCAGCUUUGUUUUCAAGAGGACUUCCACCUUGUUUAAGAGGAGAGCCAGUAAGCUCAUGACCCAUGUGGCCUCCCAGUUCUCCUCCUCAUAUGUGUUUUACUGGAAGGAGUUUUUUGGGGAACAGCCCCUCUUGUACCCCCCAGGAUUUGAUGGACGCGUGGUCCUGUAUCCUAGCAACCGCAACCUCAGAGACUACCUCAGCUGGAGGCAAGCAGAUUGUCACAUUAAUAAUUUGUACAACACAGUGUUUUGGACAUUAGUACAGAAGGGAGGACUCACCACCGCCCAGGCAGAGGAUCGCUUAAAGCGAGACGAAACUGUCACUAAACGCAUGAAGCUGCCAAAUGAAGAGGAGAAGGACGUGCCUGUGACUCGCAGCAGGAGGAGGGUGCAGGCCUACCACUGUGACAUUAUAGGAGACCAGUUCUGGGAGGAACACCCAGACAUCCUGGAGGACGACAACUGCUAACAGCUCCUGUGCUGCUGUAGGAGGACAACACUGAACUGAGUCAAGCCAGGACCAGGCUGAAGUGGACAAGCAGUGGUCAGAUGAUAGAACAGCUUGAUAUUGACUGAUGUAGAUGAAUAACUGUGUCUCAAACAACAUGCUGCCCGUGAAGCUUAGUACCCUUGAAUCCCUUGAAAGAGCGUUUUCUGAGACUGAAGCCUUAGAUGAUUGGCUCAGUACGAUGACUCCCUCACAGCCGGAACACAUUCUUACUUUCAUGUAUUAAACUUCUAUCAUAACAUUUCCUUAAAAAGUAGUAAGUUUUGUGCUUAAAUUGCGUGAUGAUGUCAGUCAUGUUUAAAGGGAAGCAGAUGAUUUCAUAAUCUUUUAGCAGUUGGUAUUGAGGACAUGCAUAGCAGUUUGAUAGUUAAUAGUAUCACACUGACUCAGGCAUCUGCCCACUUCUCUUCUUAGUCUGCUUCGCCAUAAAUAUAUUCUCAUUUGAUAUCAUGAAUGGCAUUUAGAAUACUACUGUUUAACAUGAGUCCUCUUGGCCCACUGCUUUUUUUGCUGAAGGGUUUUUAUGUGUGUGUGGGCGAUUUUUAAUCUCAACUAUCCUUUUUUUUUUUUUUUUUCAGGGAGCAGAGUUCCUACAGUUUGAAUUUUAAUGAUUCAGGAAGCCUGUCUGCAAAGAGUUCAAUAUCACGUACAGUUUGUCGUAAUAAAGAGCGUAUCUGAGGUAGGAAUAAGCAGAGUAAAGCAGAAACCAAUACCUUGGCAGUAACGAGUGGCCUUGUCUUGCAGCCAGGACACCAUUUAGAGAUGUGAAUGGAUUCAGCGGCCUGCACUGUCAUCAGUGCUAAGAAUACCUCACACACCCUGUGUACACUCUAUCCUCCUGACAUGUGCUCUGUGGCAUAUUUAUCAUCACACUUAUAAAUGACCGGCUCAGUAUGAAUGGCUGCUGGAAGCUUGACGUGGUAGAAGCCUACUGUAUUUUGUUACUGUAGUAGGCUCGGUUACUGUCGAGUAUUACAGGUGUAUUUUUGGUUUUGUGACCUUGUUGAAAGUAUGUAGCUUCUGUACUGUAUGCAACCAGGAUUCGACUCUUCUAUUCGACAUUUGGGAUCAGAUUCUUGUUGCCUGUUUGUUUUAAUAAGACUUCUACAAUGAGUCAAUGAACAAUUACACACUACACUUCAGUUAAGUAAGGUGUACAAAAACACAUUAUGAUUGCAGAAGUUGCUCUUUUCUUGAUGACAUAAAUGAACUGUGUGCUUUGAUCAGUUCAGUUGGACCAUUGCCAAACUCAACACAUACAGUGACUUGACAUAUGGCCUUCUAGUAUAAAAAAAAAACAGAGCGUGUUGAGGCAAGGGGUGCCCUUAUUUAAAGACAGCAUGUGUUUACAUGCAGGGCCUACACUUAAGCCUGUUGGGCUACUGGUUAGAAAAAAAAAGGAAAUAGUCUCAAUCUCAGUAACACUACUUUAACAGCUCUUUUAAAAUAUUUCCUGUUCUCAGUUCUGAUUGGUUACGUAGCCAGUUGCGACAUACACUGGGUUCACAUCAUAUUGUUCAGACUGCAGUAACUAAGUGGGAAAGAUGUUCACGUCCACCUCUGAGAUAGCAUGAACUGACAGCGACCCCACUAGUUGAAAAGAACCACAGACGUGUCACCAAACUGGUGCCAACAUGGCUGCAAAGCCACCGUCGUUGGCAGCUAAAUAAAGUCUAUUGUACACUGAUACAAUCAAUUCAGCUAAUUUAAAAGGAGAUACACUGUUUGUAUCUGUUUUCACUUGUUAAGAAUCCGCUCUGCAUGAACAAUGUUUUUCUCAUUCUGCCAAAUCUGUUUAAUAGUCGAGGAGUAACUUACUACUCAGGCAGUGAAAACAGUUGAAUAAUAUCUUCAAUGGCUCUGACGGAGCUAUAAGUCUGAGAAGAUAACUGUGAUGAUGUCACAGUGAUGUCAUCAGCUAUCUGGGCUUGGAGACUACAAAUUUGCGACAAAAAGUUUGCGUUACAAACUGGAGAUGUGGAGUUCCUAAGAUGUAGGCAUUAACCAACCAGGGAGGGUCCAAAGCAAAAAUGUUAUUUGUUGCAUGAUGGGAAAUGUAGGAUCCAGCAUUUUUGGAGCUUGAAUUAUAGAGUAGUAUGAGUAUGAGUAAAUAAGGAUAUCUCGGUCUCUACUGCUUCAAUUGUGACAAUUCUUUUUCUAAAUCUGUCUCUUGUGAGUCCACCAACUUUAUGGAAGUACAAUACUAAAUUGCUGGAGUAGCCUACCCCUUUAAGAAAUUAUGCAGAUAGUCCAUAAACAACCCCUUCAGCUAUGUGAAUGCUUCAUUUUGGAAUGACGAUUGUUUAACUAUUCUGGUAAUUAAUAUUCAUAUCAUUAUUAUAUAUUAUGAAUAAAAAUUAUAGUCUGCAAGGAUAA